AUGAACAGGUAUGUUGGAGCCGGGGCAUAUGGAACAGUCAUAAAAGCUGUAACCCAAGGGACGAAUCACCCUGUGUCCAUCAAGACUUCAUUCUGGACCAGAGACCCGGCUGGCGUACCGCACGAGUACGAUAUCCUGAAGCACAUUGGACGCCAUCCAAAUAUCAUCCAGCUGAUCGAUUUAGUCGUUGAAAUAACCAGCUACUCCGAUGCAACUCAUCUGGUGCUAAAUAGAUGCCACACAACUUUGCGAAAUUGGUUGACGACGUCCGUAGCGCCUAUCUCAGCAAACAUUCGCACGGAGAUCACUAGGCAGCUUUACUCUGGUGUGGCGUUUCUGCACAGCAGAGGAGUGAACCAUUGUGAUCUCCACGACGCUAAUGUACUCGUGAGCGGUUACAGCGGCCAAGUCAAUAUCAUUGACUUCGGACUGUCGAAAUUCUCCGAUGGUCACUAUGAUCUUGUGGACAGGCUUCGUGACGUGAGAAACAUCACCAUGCAGGCAAUCGUUUCCAUGUGGCUGGACGGUGUGAAUGUGUAUCGCGUGGCAGUGUUCUCCUGCAGAUCCGCCAUGCUGCGGCGGGGAAUGAGCUUUGCACAUAUCGGGUUGGCACAACACUGGCUGACUUUCCGCUCUGGGGAGAUCUACCGCAACGUCCACGAGCGAUCAAGACGGGACUACCAAACGGAAAUGAGCAGCAAACCUGGUUUAGAAGACACCAUUACGCGUAUGCACGCUUUCAACUUAACACAUCGACUCCAAAAUCGAGGUGUUGCUGUUCCAGAGUCGCUCCAUGAACUUCUACGCUACGGCAUGCUAGUUGGACCCGAUGACAAAACAAAUGCUGGCUAUAUAUCGGAGCGAAUAGACAGUAUUGUCUUGGACGAUUUCCGAAAGAAGGCGCAAAGGGAGAUCUGCAGAAUCACAACAGAUAUGUACUCUACGACUGUAUGA